AUGACGACCGAGGCGACGUGGAAAAUGGAGAUCGGGAGACUCGGAGACCAAAAGGUGUUGUGGGAUUCUGAUUCCGACCGCAACCAGACCUUCCUUGCGCCUGCUAACGCUGCAUGCUGGGAACCUGGGAACUGGGAACUUGGAACUAGUGCAGACAUGGCAUCGGAAAGUGGACCGCAAACCAGCGACUACCGAUGGUUUGGGCCACAAGCAAAGUUCAGGACCCCACUGUGGCAAACGACUGGGUGGGUUUGGGGUCACAGUUCAUGUGUGGAACCAGAUCCCAAGUUGCGAAUUAAGAGUCGACAGAAGCUGGGUGCGUACACCCAUAAUGCCGUACCAAGUGUGCCAGCGCAGACGUGGCACCACCCCAAGCCGUAUGCCACACGAAGGACGCAUCAGGGUCAAGCUGCCGAACGACACAUCUCCAGCACUUUGCUCCUACAGUGA